AUGAGGCAGUUCGUGAGGUUGGUCAGAGGUGGAGAGGCUUCAUCAAAGAAUAACCUGGUCGGUAAGAAGACUCCAGACUCUGCCAACAACAGUCAGACAACAAACAAAUUGUGCUCGACCGGCAUCAGCACAGCCUUGGAGUUGUGUAGAAAAUGUGAAAAGGGUAAAACAUUCCCAGAACAUUCCACGAAGACCGGGGAAUCCGUAGUCAUCUCCCCUGGGUAUGUCUUGUCUCGGACUAAAAGCCGCGUUCAUGCCACCCUCUGUGAUGAAUUCUUCGGGCACCCUCAUGAUACAGUGCAGGUUGUGGAAAGGCACGUGCCAGAACAUAAGGUGGAAGAUCUGGUGGUGGAUUUGCAGAACCAGAUUUCUCAACUGGUUCAAAUGCUGGAAGAGGAGCGUUGUAAUCAAGUCACAAUUCGCACCAAGUAUGUGACUGAAAUUGUGGAGGAAAGCAAAGAGUUGAAGAGACAGCACGAGGAGGAAAUCAGCAUAGUGGAGGAGAAGCAUUCGGCAGAAAUCCAGCAACUGCAGAUCCAUUUUAAGGAGAAACUAAAGGUGCAAAUGGUUGACGCGCAGCAGCAGUACGACGAGCUGAAGGACCAGCUAGAUUUCCUGGACGCUACAUUUGUCACAUAUAAGGAAACCAUCAUUGAAGAAAUGAAUGAAAAUUGGUCAAAGAAGGAAGAGGGUUUCAGAAGAGGCUCUACCAAAGUGAAGGACAAAGAAUUGUUUGAACAGAAGCAGGUGCUAUUAAAUAUAUUUGAGCAGGAGAAGGAAACUUUAGAAACCAAAAACCAAAACGAGAUUACUUUCUUGAAAGAACAUCAUGAACGUGAGAUACAGGAGGUCACUACAAAGUACAACGCAAUGUUUGAACUGGUUGGACAGCUGGAGAAAGCGGAUCAGCAUAUCGAGGAUCUGAGAAUAAAGCUGGCAGAAAAGACACAAGCCCUGGAGCUGCAGAGUAUACAUCUGAAAGAGGUUGAGGUGGCAUUGAGGGCAGCUAACAUAGAGAUAUCGGAGUAUCAAAAAAACUUUGAUGCAAAAGUUUCUGAAGUGGAUGACAAAUAUUGGAAUUAUAUUCACUUUUUACUGAAUCAGAACAUCGACCUGAGGCAUCGGUUAACUCUAGUGAGUGCAGAUCUAUGUGCUGCACAGGCAACAGUUGAAGAAAAGCACAAGAGAUGGAAGCAACAGGUUGAAUCAAUGGCUCAGCAAAAAUAUGAAGAAGGCAGUGAAGAGGCAAGCCCUCCACCUGCAAGACCUGCCAUACCUCCCCGGUCAAGGAUGGGAUCCACCGUGUCAAAAUCACCACCUGCUCCACCAUCAACCUGCCUAAGGAAAGGCAGACCCUAUGACGAAAUGAAGCCGCUGCCUACAUGUGAACAUGCCUAUGAUCACUUGAGGGAGUCCAAUGCUGAUAUUCCAGACCUACGAGUGGAAGGCCACAAGGCACCUUGAAUUUUUGUAUGUUUGCAUUAUUUUGGUUAAAUUAAAAGGUUAAAAGUUAAAGCGGUAAAAAA